AUGCCAAUAAAAAACAACGAAUUCAACAGCAACAUAAAACAAAGCCCGCCUGUGUCGACCCUGACCGGGGAAGUUCCGGAUACGUCCGACGCACCCCCGGCGGCUGUUGACACAGGACCAUUGGAGCACCAGCAGGGAAGUACCUUUAACAUCCCCAUUAGCAUUCGAUUUACGCAUUCACCAUCCAUCUCAGGCCAACCAGACAGAAAUCCAGAGAAUCCACCAACACAGCAAUCCCAAACGACGGGAACCACGACCGCCUCCAACGCCCCGCAUCUUGCCGGGCCCCAGAGUAGGCGAUCUCCCCGCCUGAUCCCAAAAAUGACACCAGUAUCAGGAAAACUAACCAAACAGCUCCACUGCAACAAGAACCGGUUCGGGUCUCCCGAUAUCCCCGCACCUGGCGGACCACCGGGAAGAACUCUCAGCCGGGAAACUCCUACUCACCAACAGCAACGAGUACGACGAGACCUCAGCCCGGUUCCCGGUUGCUCUUGGCAUCCGGUACGUUUUAGACCAUCCAGGAAACCAGUAGUCACCAAUCGUGACACCCACUUCCCCUUGCCGGCCCUGACCGGGGACGUUCCGCCUUACAGCGAUGCUCCCCCGGCGGCUGCUGGUGCGGGAAGCCCGGGCACAUCCCGGGUAAGUCCAUAUCAACAUUCCAACCGACAAGAACAAUUCAGCGCCACAAACUCUUUUUCAAGGAAUGAUCGAACCGCCGACGUUUGGUUGACCACACGCUUCAGAAAACGAUACCAAAACCUACCCGCAACGAAACGCACAAAAACCACCGACACAACGCCUGCGGACCCCUUGCUCUACCUCCCGCGGUCAUUGGAAGGGACGUACGCCAGGCCACCCAUCAACAACUGCAACAAAAAUUACCCCCUCAACACAAACAAAGCGCACGAAGCCGAUAGCUUCCUGUCAAGGGAGAAAGCCUCUUCCCCUGCACCAGCCCUGUCCGCGGAUGUACCGGCCCUCACCGACGAGCCUUCGGCGGCUGCUGGUGCAGGGGGCCCGGAUCACCACCGGGUAAGUCUAACCACACCCUACUCCCACCAAGACCAGUCGUACGGCUCCGAAUCAUUUCCAGGUAGCCCACCGCGCAGUCCCAACAGCGUCUCAAUGACCAACAGCACCGGCUCAGAAUAUUCCACGCUAGCCGUCCAGUGGAACAUCAACGGCCUAAGGAACAACCUAGGGGACCUACAGAACAUAAUCGCCGGCACCGAACCACUUUGCCUCGCCAUUCAGGAAACCCACUUGCACACCGGCGUUGACCCCACCCCAUGGUUCGGAAACAGAUACGAUUGGGAGACGGCCAGAGGAGACAACAACCACCAAACCAUCGGAUUGGGCAUCAAAGUGGAACUCCUGUCGGUGCACCUCCCCCUCAACACGGAACUAAUAGCGGUCGCCAGGAGGAUAUCAACCCCCAUCCGCUGCUCUAUUGUAUCCAUCUACCUACCACAAGGGGUUACCAACAUACGAAGCCAACUAACCAGCCUGAUCAACCAGGUCCCCGCCCCAUUCAUCGUCAUGGGGGACCUCAACGCCCACCAUAAGGCCUGGGGCUCGGACAAGUGCUGCCACCGAGGUAACGAGAUCGUCAAACUCAUCGAGGAAAUCGACGCCGUGAUACUAAACGACGGUAGUACCACGUUUAUCCGUGGUAACGCCUCCUCCGCCCUCGACGUCACCUUCGCCUCCAGUUCCAUCGCUGGGAUAUGCGGCUGGUCCACGUCCAACGAUACCGCCGGGAGUGACCACUUCCCCAUCGUGCUACGCAUAAAUCGCCUCCAACUUAAAACCACCCGACGAAGACGUUGGCUAUAUGAAAACGCCGACUGGGAUGCCUACGACGCUGCCAUACAGUCCCACCUUGUUCGAGACCGUACGUACUCACUGGUCGACCUAUCAGAAACUAUCGUCAACGCAGCGAAAGAAACCAUCCCCCGAACAAGCGGGGUACCACCACACCGUGCCGUGCACUGGUGGAAUCCGGAAGUGGCCGCUGCCGUCAAAGCUCGCCGGAAAGCUCUCCGCACCUUACAAAAAACACCGCCCAAUCACCCCCUUCGGGACCAAAGAGCGGACAACUUUAGAACGCUCCGAAACGCUGCGAGGAAAACAAUCCAAACGGCUAAAGAAACCAGCUGGAGGAACUUCGUGGACGGUAUCCACACGGACUCCUCAACCACGGAGCUGUGGAGACGGGUCAACGCGCUCAGUGGCAAACGUCAACAAAAUGGCUACUCUUUAGCGGUCAACAACGCCACCAUUACUGACCCAGAGGAAAUGGCAAACAAGAUAGGCUGCCACUUCGAAACGUUAUCCGCCGACAAAGCCCUGCCAGCCGCAUUCGCUCAGAAAAAAAGCAGACUCGAAGCCUCCCCUACGACCUUCACGCCAGACUCCGCAGCCACCUACAACAGACCCUUUACCGGAGCGGAACUUGCCGUCGCUCUCACUAACGCUCGAGGAAAGUCCGACGGCCCUGACAGGAUUGGUUACCCGAUGCUUAGGCAUCUUCCGCCUGGAGGCAAAAGAGCCCUCCUAGACUCUUUUAACACUAUCUGGGAACGCGGGUCCUUCCCAGAGGAAUGGAAACUGGCCCACGUAGUCCCCAUUCCUAAAAAAUGCCAGGGUACCCGUGCCCCCAGCGACUUCAGGCCAAUCAGCCUGCUGUCAUGCACCGCUAAGACACUGGAGAGGAUGGUAAACCGGCGACUGACUACGUGGCUGGAAGACGAGAAACUACUCGACCCACGCCAAUUCGCUUUCCGGAAGGGACUCGGCACCGGGGCCCAUCUGGGCUCGCUCGGCGAGGUACUAGACAGAGCAAGGUCCGAAGGCAUCCACGCCGAUAUUGCCAUACUCGACAUAGCAAAAGCUUACAACACAGUCUGGCGCGAAGGCGUCCUUCAACAACUCCAACGAUGGGGCGUACAGGGGAACCUAGGCGUCUUCAUCCAAAAUUUCCUAACCAACCGCCGCUUUCGGGUAUGCAUAGGCGGCACACUCUCCGACGAAUUCCGCGAGGCCAACGGAGUGCCACAAGGAUCGAUACUAGCCGUGACCCUCUUCUUAGUGAGGAUGAAUUCGCUCUUCACCGCGCUACCCGGGGGCGUCUAUGUCUUCGUGUACGCGGACGACAUCAUAUUGGUAGCUCUCGGGAAGACGAUCCCGCGCACAAGAAUAUCGCUGCAGGCCGCCGUCAACGCAGUCGGCCGAUGGGCACUCGCCACCGGAUUCAACAUCGCCGCCACCAAGUGCGCCAUUACACACUGCUGCAGCACAUAUCACCCAGCCAACGCUCGUCCAAUCCGCCUCAACAGUACAGUAAUUCCGUUCCGAAAGGAACCGGUCGUCCUCGGGAUCACCCUCGACCGGAAACUGACAAUGAUACCUCACUUCCGGCGACUGAAAAAAGACUGCCAGAGCAGAAAGCGACUAGUCCGGACCAUUUGCGCCCACCACCCCAAAAACAACCGCCGAGCAGCGCUUAACGUCGUGCGAUCUCUUAUCCACAGCAGAAUCUUCUACGGGAUCGAGAUGACUUGCCGGAACCUAGACGGACUCUCCGACAUCCUCGGGCCCUUAUACCACGGAGCGGUGCGGCUAGCCUCCGGUCUACUACCGAGUACCCCGGCCGAAGCUGCCUGUGUAGAGGCAGGAGUUCUACCCUGCCGCUGGGAAACAGCCAGGGUGGCCUUCAGAAGAGCACUAAGCUUCCUGGAGAAAACUUCGGGCGACGAGUGCCCCCUUCUCACCACCGCCUCCAACCUGCACCAGGAGUUUACCAGCAACGACCUCCCACCCAUCGCUCGUCUACACCGGGUGAGACCGCGGGCCUGGUACGACCCCGGGCCCAACACCGACGACAGCCUUGCUCGCAUUAUAAAAGUUGGCGAUCACCCCAGCAGCAUACUAGUUAAAUAUAGACAGCUAAUUAACCGAAGAUAUUCACAUCACACUAAAAUCUUCACCGACGGUUCCAAAGCGAACGACGGUGUAGGAGCGGGGAUCAGCGGCUUGGGGAACGGGCUCUCCUUCCGCCUACCUCCCUCCUGCUCAGUUUUCUCAGCGGAAGCGGCCGCCAUUGCAGUGGGAAUGAUAAAAAGACCCACCGAUACACCGACGGUCAUCUUGACAGACUCGCUCUCGGUCCUGAGGGACGUCGCUAGCGGGACCUCCAAACAUCCCUUCGUUCAGGCCAUCGAGACACUUCGAGACCCAUUGGUUACAAUCUGCUGGGUUCCGGGUCACAGCGGCAUCAAGGGUAACACAGACGCCGACCGAUUAGCCCUCAUCGGUAGACGGGCCCGGACCCGGCUCCCUAAUGAGACUCCAACCAUAGACAUCAUCAGGGAAUUCAACAUCAGCUUGCAGAACGGAUUCACCAACCACUGGCGGAGUUCUCGAAAUCACACCCAAAAAAUCAAAGGGUCAGCCGACACCUGGACCGAUCGAGACAGCCAGAGGGAACAAAAAAUACUCUCCCGACUCCGCGUGGGGCACACACGAGUAACCCACGCACACACCGUGUCCAGCGAGCCCGUCCCAGAAUGUGCCUCCUGCAACACCCGGCUCACCGUCGAACACCUGCUGUGCAACUGCCGAGAACUGGAGGACUUACGGCGUCAGUACGGCCUGACUGGUUCGAUACGGGACACCCUAUCCAACGACCCGGUUCGGGAGGAGGCACUCCUCCUCUUCCUAAAGGACGCCGGCCUAUACGACAGCAUCUAA